AUGGCAAAGGCCCAUAAAGUUUGGUGCAGAAUAAGGCUGAAGAGAUCUCCUCUGACUGGUUACUGCUUCUUGCUUGCAUUAUCUGUGCUUGCUUUUACAAGCUUCUGUCCUACAUCCCUGAACAAGUACAAAGAUUUGAAUUUCCAGUAUUUGCCUAGAGAGAUGCUUCAUAUGAAACCUGACCUUUCUAAGCAUCUGCAGAUAAAUGUCACUAUCCCUCAUGUACAACAGCAACAGCAUUUCAGCUUAGGCAAAUGGACUCAGGCACAGGGAAGACAACCCCUUUCAAACCCGUGUCCAGUUUGCAAACAGAAAAGCCUGCCACAUAGACAGGGUGAAUUAAGUCAUAAAGGUUUUAACAAAAGAAAAAAAAUCCCUGCCCAAAUUAAAAACCAUAACAUUGCAGCAGAAAAUGACGUUGACCUUGGCAGAAGAUUCCAACAUGAAGAGUAUCCUUCCAGGUCUAAUGGGGAAAAAAGCAGCUUUGAUAGGACUUUGACUCUAAAAGAUGUUGGAAGAGACCUGAGUUUCCCACUGCACCCAAGCAAGAAGGAAAUAAAUUGGAAAGGACAAAGGCAAUUAGCCCCCUUUCUACUUCCUUUACAAAAUGGAAAGCCUGGAGCCUUUUUAUUUCUUAAGGACAGUCCUCCAAGCAAGGUCACUGUAUUACAGAAGCAAUGUAAGCCACAUGGGCAGGCAGCUAGUGCUGCCCACCAAUCCCUAGGUUUACUCAAAAUUCUUAUCUCAGAUAAACACUCUGUCCAGAUCACAAUGAACACUCAGGAACAGAGGGAUAAUACUCAUUUACAUAAUCUUCAGAGAUCUUAUCUUUGGACUACAGAUCCAGAAAAGCUGAAAAAAUCAGAACAAUGCAGAAACCUAUGGUACAAUGGUUUUAAUUUGAAAGAGGGGAAUAGGCUGAGGUUUGCCGAGGCAAACCUUCCAUGGUUCACUCUGGAUGAUGUGGAUAAGAUGAAGCUUCUGGCCAAUGGUACAGUGAUAAAGAAGGACCGAAUUCUUGGCCAUGGGCAAAUAAUUAGAGUCGCUCUAUCAUAUAAUCAAGAUGCCCUUUUUCAUGACUCCCAAAGUUUGUGUUUGAAUGGGCUAUGUGGCUUAAUCAAAAGGUCCACUGAUCUCUAUGAAGUUCUUGCAUUCCAUUUGGACAGAAUUUUGGGGCUGCGCCGGAGCUUACCUGUAGUGGCCAGGAGAUUUUGCAGCCACUUGCUACCCUACAAGUACACCAAUGGUGUUACUAGGCCCAUUGUAUGGUGGGCACCAGAUAUACAGCACUUGAAUGAUUCUAAUAAUGAUCAGAACUCCUUUACUAUAAGAUGGUUGCAGUACCAGGACUUGUUGCAACAGCGGUGUGGCAUGGAAGAUUCCAGAACAUCACUUGGGAAAAGUCCUUGUUUGACUGUCCUACAUUCUGAAUGGGCUAAAUUGGCACUCUUUGAUUUUCUUCUGCAGGUCCAUGAUCGUCUGGAUCGAUACUGCUGUGGUUUCCAACCAGAUUUCUCUGAGUCUUGUGUUCAGGAAUUGCUCCAUGAGAAAUGCCGAAAUCCUGCAGAACUGUUUUUGGUCCAUAUUUUGGUGCAGAAAAGCAAGCCUUCUCAGUUAGUAUUUAUUGACAAUGCAGGAAGACCUUUCCACUCUGAAACGAAACUUAAUUUCAGACUUCUGCAAGGGAUAGAUGGGUUUCCCCGGACAGCUGUAACAAUGCUCCAAUCAGGAUGCCUACAAAACCUGCUUUUACAAUCCUUGCAUGUAGAUACAGAAUUCUGGGGAAGUCAAGGUGGAUAUGAAGGUCUGAAGUAUUGGCUUAAUACCAUUGACAGGAGAGGCCAGGUUCUGCUUCAAUACAUUAAAGAACAUAAUUUGACCAUCACUGAAGAUUCCUUGGAUUAGCUUUUGAUGAAAAGUAUUAUACAUACUCUGCUUUAGGAAAGAGCACUGAACUCUGGAAAGACCCAGUGCCCUGGUGACAAGCAGCCAUUCUGCUAACUACAGAAGCUGUUCUAUAUGAAUUCAGAGAAAUAAAAUGUAUGAAAUAAAAUUGUAAAGGGUAGUAUGGCUGGAUAACCAGAAACAGAAUGAAAAUGUAACUGAUAUUAAUACAGCCUCAGAUGGAUAUCCUUGUGAGAGAUUUCCACAAUACAUUUCCAUAUAAAAUGUCCUCUAUUUUCCUAAUAAAGUUUGUUUUAUCAUAAUGGCAUGAUGUUUUAAACAGAUAAAAAAAUCUGACUUGACACGCAUGAUCCAUACCACUUUAAUGAUAUAGAACCAGCUUCCCUAAUCCAGUGGUCCCCAACCUUUUUAUC